UUUUACAGGAUUGUUGGAAAAAUUAGAAAAAAGCAAGAAAAAAAAAGGAGGAAAAAAGGAAAACGAGAGAGGGGGAAAAGAGAGAGAGGAAGAGGAAGAGGAGUAGCAAGCAAGGUAUGGAACGACAGCAACAAUAACGAAAUAAAAACACCUCCCCUUUUGGGCAAUCAACAUCACAUACUUGCAAUAAAUGAGACGAUUCGAGUUGAUGCAGAUAGGAUGAUUAUCGCAUCUUACGUCUCUGUUUGGAGCACUCCCACAGCAAUCCACUUGAUAUGCCAGUAG